CGGUUUCCAGGGCUCUUUGCAAAUCUUUUAUGAUCACUUUACUUUGGGGAGUGACCUUGGCAUUCUUGAAUACUCUCUUUUGGGUUCUCAGAGGCUAAGAACUUACUUUCCCAUGGUUUUUAUCAUUGGUUGUGGAUAAGUGCAUCUCAGAAGAAGGAACCGUUUCUUGUUCCUGCUUAUUUUAUGUGGCAGAGAAUUCUGAAGAAGCAGAGAGACAAGAAGUUUCUAUGUGAGCUGUUUGUACACUCUGGCCCCUUAACCCGAAUGCAGGGCAGUGUGUUCGGAUAGAAGAGGUGGAGGGCCGGCAGCUGAAAGACUUGGGUUCUCAAUCUAGCGGUCUCACAGACCCUCUGUGAGCCCUGGCCGUUAUUUAUCCUCUCUCAGUUUUCAGUUUCUCCAGCUGUCAAAUGAGCUUCAUCAUAUUGGUUCUACUUGCCCACUAGGGUUACUGUGAGAAUAAAAUAAGGCAAUAGACGUGAAAAAGCCCUGGAAAGUUAAGACGGUUAUAGAAAUGCGCUGUUGUUUGUUACAUGUCUAUUACAGGAGUCACUGAUACAGGUCUGUGGAUUAUAAAUGAUUUUGUCCACGGCUUGAUGCUUUGCUGUUAUCUUGCUAGCUGUCUCUAUGUAACACUUUUAUGUAGCAGUGACUCUAGUCUAGGAUCUAGUUAUCUUGCUCUUCUUCAGAUGCUCUGUCACCUACAUUUUGUGUUACCUGACUGUCAGAGUGAGCCUUAGCAUUGUUUCUGAGUUACUUGAAUAGGAUGGAUUUGUUUGAGCAGUAGUGCUCCAAUUUGGUUGUCCUUUGGAGUUGGUGGCUGGGUCCCACCCCCAGAGAUGUUAAUUUAAUUAGAAUGGGUACAUCUUGGACACUUGGAUUUUUAAAAGCUCCCUAGGUGAAUCUGACGUGCAGCAAAGUUUGAGACCCACUGUUAGACAUAACCCCGAGCAGGGCUGUAUAGCAUUGAACUACACGAGGCCAAGGGCAAGAGCGUCGGACCCUUCUUGGCUCAGUGUCUUCCCAGAGGCGUAAUACUUAAGCACUGGCUAUGGGGGCAGCUUCCUGCCACUGAAUUUCACUCUUGCCCUGAAAUCAAAAUGAAAUAGCGGAAAGAUGAGAACCCAAGAUGACAACUGGGGGCUUGGCUUAUCAGAGGAGGGGAAGCUAUUGGAGAUUUCAGGGUUCCUUGGUGAACUCAGAAGUGUCCACACCCCUUUUCUUUUGGCUAUGUACUAAUACUAGUACUUUCAGAGGAUUUCCCAGAAAUUGAAAAUGGAAGCUGAAAAUAAUUGUUGCUCAAGAGCCAGAGCAAUCUACUGGGUUUUUUUGUUUGUUUUUGAACAAUCUCCGUGGAGGGCCUCUGCCUGAACUGGCCUAUCUACUCUUCAUUCCCCUCGUUUUUCACGGUGAAGCUUAACUAGGAGCCUCUCUAAACCAAAUACUUACUCUAGUUUCUCUUUGAAAGUGUUCAACUGUUUAGAACACUGAAUUAUCCAGUUACUUCUGUCUCUACUCCCCCCCCCCCAAGGUUUUGAUACAAAGUUCAAAAGAAAAACAGGAGUCUGUUUAGUGCCCACCUCCUUCGUGUUUUUCAACCAGAGGCUGUCUCUGGGGCUGGGGGUGUCUCCUUUGGUGGAUUUCUGUCCUUGGCUGAGGGCCUGACACUGGUGGGGGCAUAGCUUAUCCCUUCUCGUGGGAACUCUGGGUUGCCCCUCAGCUUGGCAUAGGGCCAAGUCUAGCUAAUUAGAGUUGUUUGUAGCAGAUGUUAAUUAUUCCUGGAGACCUUUGCAUGAUGACUGAGGUUAUCUUUUUCUUUUGUAAUGAAUGAGGCUUUGACCUUUCUUGAGAUCCCAGCUUGUUAGAGUCGUUCUCUCAGAGGGGUGAUCAUAAUUGCAGAUGAGUAUUAAUUCAGCCACCUCUACCCUGGACGCUGAGAUCUUUUGCUGGGCAGGUACAGGAUCACAGCAGUCUAACAUGAAGUGCUCUCGUCUUUUCCAACCUUGGGAUGCUAUCCUGUUUCUGUUGGGAGACGGUGACUGAUUGGGAGCCGUGUUUCCUGAGAGACUGGGAGUUGCAGGUGCACUUCCGAAUCCACGGGCAAGGGAAGAAGAACCUGCACGGGGAUGGCUUGGCCAUCUGGUACACCAAGGAUCGGAUGCAGCCAGGGCCUGUGUUUGGAAACAUGGACAAAUUUGUGGGGCUGGGAGUAUUUGUAGACACCUAUCCCAAUGAGGAGAAGCAGCAAGAGGCCCAGAAGAGGCGGUAUUCUCCAGGAGUCCAGCGGGUGUUCCCCUACGUCUCAGCCAUGGUGAACAACGGCUCUCUCAGCUACGAUCACGAGCGGGAUGGGCGGCCCACAGAGCUGGGGGGCUGCACAGCCAUCGUCCGCAACCUCCACUACGACACCUUCCUUGUGAUCCGCUACGUCAAGAGGCACCUGACGAUCAUGAUGGACAUCGACGGCAAGCACGAGUGGAGGGACUGCAUCGAGGUGCCGGGGGUCCGCCUGCCCCGGGGCUACUACUUUGGCACCUCGUCCAUCACGGGCGAUCUCUCAGACAACCAUGAUGUCAUUUCCCUGAAGCUGUUUGAGCUGACGGUGGAGAGGACCCCGGAAGAGGAGAAGCUGCAUCGGGACGUGUUCCUGCCCUCAGUGGACAACAUGAAGCUGCCUGAGAUGACAGCCCCGCUGCCUCCCCUCAGCGGCCUGGCCCUCUUUCUCAUCGUCUUUUUCUCCCUGGUGUUUUCCGUCUUUGCCAUUGUCAUCGGGAUCAUACUCUACAACAAAUGGCAGGACCAGAGUCGGAAGCGUUUCUACUGAGCGCCCCCUGCACCCGCGACCUGUGUGACUGUGCCCUAGGCGGUGUGGGAGCAGCCACGCUGACCUACCCACCCGGCCGGGUGGGCCUUCUGUCGCCAGCACUUAGUCAGGGAUGCGGGUCUGUCACUAGAGCUGUGCGGGCAGGGACGCUGGCUCCCCCCGUCACCUGUGAGGACAGCCAACUCUGGCUCAGGAAGCCUCCCCCGGGUGACGCUACUGCGAUGUGCCUUUUCCCAAGGUCCCGCCACUUGGGAGUGAAGAGGGCUGGCGAGAACCUGGGCCGCCGUGAUGCCAGAACCACUGGAAGGAGUUACCGAGCCCAGGCUGCCUUGCUGUUGGGCUCACAGGGCCCUUGGGCUUCACUUGUAAGUCUUCAAGGACUAGAAACUGGUGACGCCUCACACCUUCUGGCCAGCCAGCCACUGGUUUUUGCUUUUUGUCCAAGCCCCUGUCCACCUGAGGCACUUUCCUUGGAAAUCUGGAUGGAAAUCUCUUCCCUGCCUCUCCCUCCUUCCAUCAUUCUCUGCAGAUGCAAGCUGAGCUGGAAAAGACACCUGGCUGCCUGUCCGUUAGGGCCUGGGACUACAGGACACACUCGGGUGUCACUGACCCUCGUUAGGUGGCCAUGGGGAAGGGGCAUUCUGCAGGGGCUUGCCACUCUGGCUUUUGUUCUUGAGGGUGGAUCUUGGUUCUGUUGCUGUGUUUGUGACACUCCCAGUUAGGCCUCUUUAGGCCCCCGGUCAGAUGUGUGAAGUCGAGAGACGCUUGGGAGAUGUCACGGGUGCUGUGGGACUAACUGUGAAACUGCUUCACGUUUUGACACCGAAUGCAACCUCUACCAUGUGACCUGAGGACGUGGAAAUGUUUCUGGAUGCUCCAGAGCCUGCUUCGCUGCAUGUUUUGUGUUCAUGACUUUUGGAAUCCUACUUAGAGUGUCAAGAUGUAAGGAACAUUUCUACUAUAGCCUCAGUUUGGAUGCUCCCCAAAGAGGAACUCUUGCCUCCCUUUCUUAAGUGAUGGGAAAUGGUGGUUGUAAAUCUGGGAGCAGUGGAUCCCCGUCACCUGUGCCUGGAAGAGUUCAGUGUUGUUUGAGCAGCAGAGCCUGAGCGCCCUCCUCUCUGGGCCAGCCCUGAUGCCACUGCCUUACCUGGCGAGGAGUCGGGCGCUGCUCGCCUGUGCGCCCUGUGAUUCUGCUGCUGACAGGUGGGGCUCUCCCUGGAGGGUCUGGACUCAGCUCUCCUAGCCCUGCGCUUCUGUAGUCCGAGGGAAAGUCUUAAUGUGGCUGAUGAAAACCAAACAUGA